AACACGAAGAUGAUUGAGCGCGAAAAUUCAAAACUUCCACAAGAUGCGAGUCCAAAAGUCAGAAGCCACCUAGUGAGCAAGCAGAGAAUGACUGGCCGAGCGUAUUUGUGAAUUAGUUGCGCGUACUCCAACAGAGAUGGCUCUGGUAUUGCUUCUGGUGUUGGCGGUCGGUGCUGGCGCUUCCACUCCGGGCGGAGAGGUGGCGCUGGCGAACGUUACGAGAUUCGCUACAGGAGAUGCCUUUGCCCUUGUCAGCUCCGACUGCGGAAUGACGCGCUGCAUGGAGGAGUCUCACGGCACCGCGCUGCCCAUGGGCGGCCAGGGCUGUGUGUGUCAAUGCGGCCAAGAUACACCCGCGUUUCGCGAGGACCAGAGGACGUGUGUCGGCCAUAUAGACGAAUGCGUGAUGGCGAGCUUCGGCCGCGGCGCGACGAAGACGCAGAUCCCGCUGGUGUUUCUGCCGCUGAAGGGACAAAUCAUGUAUCCUUCCAAAGAAAUUGUUUUUACGGACGUGGAAGACGCGGUGUGCGCAGUAACCAGUGCGCAGUACCUGUCCCCGUCUGGGUGGGUGACGCUGCGAGAUCUCCUCGACAAUGAUGUGCCGUUUGGGCUGUAUCGGGAUGAGGGAAGCACUUUCUUGCAGUGGCGAGGCUCGACAACGCUCCACAACCGCCUGGAGGGCCGGCUGGUGGCAGUUCAUGUGCUGUGCUCGGCCCCGACACCAACCCGCCUGGCUGCCUCCUGUGCGGCCUUCCGCGUGGCUGGCGCUUCACAUAACAUCGACGUCCGUUCGAUACCUUUCCAUGCCGGAGAAGUCGUAACAGCAGAGCCUGCGACACAAAGCCAAGGUCUAAGCGUUCUGGAAUCCUUAGCCAUCGGAGUUUGUGUCUUAAUGCUGGUCUUCGUUUACGCAGCAGGCAUUGUUUUCUAUGUUCAUUACAAACAGAGGCAGAAGAGAAAGGAGAAGGACCCCGAAAUGAACUUCUCGUCGACCAUGUCCACUGAUAAUGGUUCUACGUUAGACUCUAGAAUAGGAUUGGAUAGCAUGAGAAUGAAAACAAAUCCCUUGAUGAAGUUGGAUGGAGAUUUCCUAAAUGACGCCGGGCUGUCAGAUGUCAGUGAACGCACCGAAGAAACAAUGGAUUCAUAUACUUCAGAAAAGUUCCAGAAAAUGAAUCCUAACGUUGUAUCUGCGAUGGUUCACAAUAGUCGUAUGAAGAAAAAGCCCGCCCGGCCUUCAGUGCGAACCGCCACGACACCGGAACGCGUGACAGAACGACUGCAAAGACGUUCUGCUUCUCCGGACACCUUCGAGCGAGCUCCGCAUUCCGACUUGUCUAUUGUGGACUAUCGAGUAGAAAAUGCAGCGAAUCAACCGCCCCAAUCGAAUGGUGAACCGGCCAUUAGAAGGAAGUUGUACUUCAAUCCUGUGUUCUUUGAAAUAGAACAUUUGAAGAAUCCGCCUCCAGCCGCUCUUGAAUUCCUCGUGAAAAUCCGAGAAGUCAUGUCCAUUGCCAAAGAGAAGAUGACAUCUAAAAGAUUUAUCCCGAUUUUGUCAGAUAUUCCAGAGGAAGAAUUGUAUCAUACUAUUGAUCUAGGCUGGGAUAUUCCAUGCGCGAGGCGUGGACGUCGAUUCAGUGCUAUUAGCUUGAAACGAGAAAAUAGUCGAAGAGCCGUCCAUUGCGGUGGGUGUCCAGGAUGCAAUAGUAGCGAGAAAGAACAGAAAGCCAAAGUUGAUUUAGCUCGAUCUAACUCGUGCAAAACGUGCGUUAGUGAUGACUACAAGCAGAAGAUUGUGCGUAAAUGGUUAGAUGACGUACCUUUACCGCCAAAUUCAACAAAAUCCGUUAAACCAGUUGCUGUAGCUAAAGUCAGUGGAACUCCGAGGGUUAGUGAUCCCAAAACUCCUGAGCUACCUCGUCAAAGCCCAGAACCAAUCAUGAUUGAGGUACCUAAACCUAUCAAGAUCAUGGAAUCCAAUUUGAAGGAAGCUUUACAUGUCAUUCCCCAUGUGCACUUAGACAGUAGAAAAGAAGUUAGACGGGGGUCUGAUCAAAAAAUUACUAAAGAGGAUAAUGCGAUAGACAGUGCAAAAGAAGAACCAAAAACAAAAGCUCCUACAAUGGUUACACUUGAUAAACGAAGUCCAUCGAGUCACGCUACUCGACGUGUCCGAAAAAGAUUACCACCACCGCCUCCACCUCCUGAUAUGCCACCACAAAUUCCGAAAACUGAAGAACAACCAGUCGCCCCUGAAGUAAAAGCUAAAAUGCAAGCCGUUAUACAGGAACUAAAUCAGUGUCGUCGAGGCGAGCCCAAAGAACUAGAAGAAACGAAAACUGAAAGGAUUGCUCCAAUAGCCCCCAAAAUUGUUAUUCCCGUUUUAGCAGCAGAUUCGCAUUAUUUCAGUGACGAUAAUCUCUUAGAAACGAGGCGACGUGAACCAUUAAUUGAUUUUGAUAGUUUAGAGCGCCAUAAUUUAUUGAAAAAGAGGAGAUUCUCUUUAGCUUGCGGUCCUGAAAUGACAAUGAAAAACAUAACACCAUAUCAGCCACUUAUACCCACUCCUAAACAGAGAUUGUCACAAAGCUGGCGCGAUGUUAGAAAAGCGGUGGAAGGUUAUCAAGUAUCAAGCGCGGCCUCAGUUGAUUCUGAAUAUGAAAACCGAAGUCUACCAGUGAGCGAAGUAUUUAUAAAUACCAUGGAGCCUUUAUAUAAUAACUUACCUAAACCCGGGGCAUUGACUAUUCAAGUGAGUGGCUCUCCGGUAGAGAAGAGGCGUAACCUAAAUGACGACUUUGAUCCUGAUACACUAGACAGGAAGCCAAGGCGCGAAGUUAAAAAACGCGUGGACAAGAUUCUUCUGAAAUCUGGAGGCAGCUUCAAGCACAAAUUUACGGAGAUACAUAGUCAAGAGAGAAAAUCUCCCGAUAUUGGUUUCACGAGAAAGAUUGGCAGCCUGAGACAAAUCUAUGAAGCUAAAACAAAGGUACAAGAUGAUUCAUUACGCUUGUCAUUCUAUGAAAGGCGAGGUAGUGUACCUUAUGGAAGCGAAGAAGUAUCAAGAUUCGUAGCUGCUCUUAAAACUCCUGAUCUGAUAAGGCAAGUCAAUGUGCAAGACGUUAGGCCACCGGUGCCACCAAAACAGCGGCAGCCAAAUCUUUCUCCUAAAUUUUCCGCUCCAACCCGAGAUAGUCCACCAGGUGAAAGGAGAAGAGCUUUAGAAGAGAGGGAUCGAUUCCCUCCAUAUUCGAGAGCCGAGAACCUCAACGCCCGACGAUCCGGACGCAGACUACCCCGAACCAGAUCGCGUCGAACAGAUCUGAGAAAACUUUACAAAACCGAAGACUCUGGAUACAUGAGCACAGACUCCAACGAAUCCAAACGCAGGGCCAGAUACUUGAUGCAACUGCGACCGCCAAAAACUGUUGUACCUGAACACAUAAUGAUGCCAUCUAUAACCGUAACUAAUAAGACACCGCCUCUUCAAAUUGAAUCUGAUACUGAUGAUUUAGAAUCGCUUUGCGACGGUCGUAGUGAAUCUGGAGGAGAGAGCGUUGAAACAGAUUCAGUGUUCUUCGGUAACUUUGACGAAUCCAAACAAAUGCUGGCUGAGUUAGGAAUGUACAGUUAUGAAGGUCAGAAAAGGAUACAAAGUCAAGAGCAGAUUGAUUCUGGGUUCAUGGGUGAGACGAAUAUAAUUUUAAGCGGAGACAGUGACUCGGAGCACAGGAGUGUAAUUUCGAUAAUAGCGGGUCGCGACGGGCGCGCCUCGGCCGCCUCCAUUGCACAAUUAGAUGACCCCCCAUUCGUUCACUCUGUUGAAUGUUAAUGAAUACCAGAGAUGAGUAAAUAUUAAAGAUUGCUAAUCUAUUAAUUUGAGUGUUUAACCCAACGC